AUGCCUCAAGCACAGCCAGAACUCAAGAAGUAUCUCGACAAGCGCGUCGAAGUGCAACUCAAUGGCUCGCGCAAAGUCAUGGGCACUCUCCGCGGUUACGACGUCUUCCUCAACAUUGUCCUCGACGAAGCCACCGAAAGCAAGCCAAACAACGAGAAAGUACGACUGGGCAUGUGCGUUAUCCGGGGGAACUCAGUGGUCAUGAUGGAGGCACUCGAUCGCAUCGGAGAUGAUCACCAGCGCGGUGGAAGAUAG